CUCCCUCGCCUGCUGUUGCUUCUACUGCAGAGGAGAGGAAGAGCGAAGGAGCAAGAACAGCAGCAGGCGGCCACAGCGGAGCUCUGGUCUGCCAACCCCUACCUGAACAGCCUGGGCUCUCUGCCUCUGAUCAUUGAUUGACAAAAAAAACCCAGCAAUUACCUUCCCUUUUUCUUUUUUUAAUGCAGCACACAUACAUAUAUAUAAUCCCACCCAUCCCUAUACUUGCUCCUUGGUUAUUGGCACCUUUCUGUCCUUUUAGAUUUCCUUGGAUUCCGUAUAGGCAGGCCGCAGGCAUCCGCCCCCAUUCAUUUGCUCUGAUAGCUACAAGUUGUAUCCUCUUCUUUGUUUCUUGAUUCUUUCUUGGGCGGCGGCUCUUGGCACCCUAUGCUCAGUUCAAUCUUAGCCUUCGCCUAAAGAUUCAAUCUUGCGGUUUUCUUUUGAAUUCUUGGUGUCCUUGUUGUUGGGGGACAUGGAUGAGAGGAUCCCACCGCCCCCUUUCUUCCAGUACUCACCAUCCGGUGUCCAUUCCUCCCCUCAUCGCCACAAUUCCAUGACGUAUUCUUCCUCAGACAGGGAGAGAUAUCUUGCUGAAUUACUUGCCGAGAGGCAGAAAUUAGCCCCAUUCAUGCAAGUUCUUCCUUUUUGUAACAGAUUUCUGAACCAAGAAAUUUUGCGAGCAUCUUCUUUGCCACCUAACCCAAAUUUUGUUGAACCUGAGAGAAUCGAUCAUGGCAGCCCAAGCCCAUUAAGAUUAGCUGGUCACCCAAUGAAUGGUCAACCAAUGGAUCUAGAGGGAUGGUCAGGAAUGCAAACAGAGUAUCGUGGUGUACUCCAAUCGCCAUCCGCAAACUGGAAUGGGUCUCCUGGAGUUGUUGGGAACCCUACUGUGAAAAAGGUUGUUAGGAUGGAUGUUCCUGUUGACAAGUAUCCCAACGAAGACAAACUCAGAGACAAGCCUGGCUAUGAGCACUUAAAUGAUCCAUUGCAUGUUCUUGUGGAAGCUGAGUUCCCAGCAGAUAUCGUCGAUGCCCGACUAAACCAAGCAGUUGCCAUAUUGGAGGAUCUUCUGAAACCAGUGGAUGAGUCCAUGGACUACUACAAGAAACAACAGCUAAGAGAAUUGGCUAUACUUAAUGGCACUCUAAGAGAGGAGAGCCCAAGCCCCUAUCUUAGUCCCAGUGUGUCCCCCUUCAAUUCCACAGGGAUGAAGCGUGCAAAGACAGGGCGGUGAUCUUAUAUAUUUCUGAAAAUGCAGUGCUAGAGGUGAUCAAUGGUGCGAAUAUGUUCCAUCGCCGGAGAUUAUUGCUGGUACAUAGGAGGAUCAGCAGGGCUGGAUCGGUGGAUCCGGUCAUGAUGUGCGGCUAUGCGCUUUAGUGGAUGUCGUUGCAAUGGACAGUCGAUGUGAAAGAUAUUAGUCUCUUCAUUCAAGGGCUUGUUGUUUGGUCUUAUUAUUCUCUGAGUAUCUGAAUUAACGUUAUUGGUUCUGGUGGUUGUAGGUUUUGGGAUUGUAGUGUUCAAAAAAAUAAUCAGGUUUUUUGAAUGUACUAGCUAGUUCUGAUUUGUUGAAGAUGUUUGAUGUUCUUGCGGACGACUGUGGUCUCAGUAACAUUUUGCACUGGUGUAUUCUUUUAUACUCU